AUGUCAAAUCCAGAAAUCGGAGAGUGCUCCCGUGCUGUUGAGUCCCAUGCAGACCAUGAGGCAUCAGGGUAUUCUGAUCUCAUGCCUAAGCAGUUCACACUAUGGUCAUUGCUGGCUUUCGCUAUUGCGGUCUGUAGUUCCUGGAUUGCCACCUCGAGUCUCUUGUCCACACACUUGAUGUUUGGUGGCUUCGCAGCAGCCACAUGGAUUCCAAUAGCCUCUGGAGUUGUGAGUAUUAUUCCAGCCCUAGGUCUAGCAGAGCUGGCUUCCGCAUAUCCUUCGUCUGGCGGACAAUACCACCCGCGUUACAAAAAUCUUGCUGCAUUUACCGUUGCAUGGUUUGCCAUACUGGAAUGGUUAUUUGUUGUCUGCUCCACAACUAUCUUCCCCGCCCAGUUGACGGCGGAGAUUGCGCUGUUAUGGCAUCCAAAUUACAACCCCUCGAGAUGGGAGAUAUAUCUAAUAUAUGUCGUUUUUCUUCUCUUGGGAACUUGUAUGGUAGUUUUCUGCCAUGCAUGGAUGCCCAAAAUUGAAACAGUCUUUUGCUGGAGCUCUUUGCUCGCGUUUGGCACUUUCGUCCUGACUCUGGCGGCCGCGAACCCUACCAAACAAGCGGCGUCCACUGUGUUUGCUAGCUGGAGGAAUACUUCUGGCUGGCCCGAUGGCAUGAGCUUCCUACUCGAUGUUGGACAGGGAAUGUGGAUUUAUGUUUGCAUCGAUGCUGCAACUCAUCUUUCGGAGGAGAUCGACAAGCCAGGCACCCACGUCCCUCGCGCAAUCGUACUGGCAACUGUUCUAGCGUUGGUAUGCAAUGUUGCAUUCACACUCGCCGCUCUAUUUGCCGUUCAAUCUAUCGACACCGUGAUGGCUUCAGAGCUACCAAUCUACGAUGUCCUUUCCCAAGCAAUCCCAUCAGAUGGCGCAGUUUUAUUUCUCCUGAUAUGGCUGGACCUUGUUUUCAUCAGUACUGUCCCCGGUGCCCUUUUAACCACUGGACGCUUAGUCUGGGCAUUCGCCAGAGAUGGAGGUCUUCCUCAUUCACCCUUUUUCGGUCGCAUAAGCAAUCGCUAUCAGGUUCCAGUAAAUGCUACUCUUUUGAGUACCGCUUUUUGCCUUCUGUUUGGUCUCAUCUAUAUUGGUAGCACAGUCGCGUUCAACACCUUUAUCUCGAGUGCUAUAGUGUUUGCUUUCCUUUCAUAUGCUGUGCCACAAGGUUUGCUUCUCCUUGCUGGUCGAGAUACCCUACCAGAACGCUAUUUUGAUCUUGGAGAUACCUUUGGGAUGUGUAUUAAUGUCAUUAGUGUUGUGUUUGUAUUUGUCUUCUCUAUCCUUUUCUGUUUUCCUUUUUCGGUCCCGACGAGCGUCACAUCUAUGAACUAUGUUUCUGUGGUUUCUGUUGCAGCCUCCCUACUCAUCGCAGCUUCGUGGCUGGGAGGUGGUAAAAAACAGUCUUUUACGGGGCCUGUUAUGCUUGGGAACAUUUUACAGGGGAUUGACCCGGGCCAAACCUUGGACGAAAUGGCAAGAAGGCUCUAUCUCACUCCAAGGCUUGCGAACAGGAUGAUUAGGAGAGUACUUGAGAUUGUACUCAUAUAUUCAGUCAGGACUUCAAAGUGGGAGGGAUUAUAUCAUGUUCUUUUUGUGAAAUCUCAUGUCUCACCAUACUGUUCACAGGCUGAAAACGCAGAUUGCCGGAGCACAGUGGAAUCAAAGUAA